GUGAGGCUAGGGUUUCUUCAGCUCCGAACAUCAAAUGGAGACUCUGUACAAGUUGAACUGCGAGACGAAAACGCGGAAUUCAUAGACCAGUUUGCAGGAACACUGGACUUGUUCAUUCCGCAGCUUUUCGCUGCAAACAAUGCCACGGUUUUCCUGCAGAGCGACGCAACUGAAACCGAGUUCGGUUACUUGGCUGCAUAUGCUGCUGAAUUGCCAAACAAUGGAAAAGAUGAGAUUAUUGAGGUGGAAGACAAAAUCAGCUCAGACGCUGAUGAACCGAGUUUCACGGAAGUGAUCAGAAUCAACACCGAAACCGGAGAAAUCACGACCAACGGGGACGUGACUCAAUUGCACACCAAAGUGCAACCGGGUGCCUCAAAAACCUACGGUUUCCUUUCGUCGCCGAACCAUCCGAACAAUUACGCAAACGGCGAACGGAUAACCUUCGACUUAGUCGCUCCAGAAGGAUCCAAAAUUGCACUAAGGUUGAUGCGACUGCGGUUGGAGCCGAUUUACGACCAGCUCAGGGUCUUUGACGGCGGAGUUUUACUCCAGAACAUUGAACACCUGAUGACAAACAUCAUCUACAGCAAGAGCAACGAGAUCACGGUGCAAUUCACAAGCGACACUUCAAACACUUACAGUGGUUUCUUGUUGGCUUACACGAAUAUUCAGCCCUCCAGAUUCGGCUCAAUUUUCCGCAAGAUUUCAUCCACGAUUGCAGAAAACAAAGCAGAAAGCCGAGAUGUUUGCGGCGGAAUCGAAAGCAUCGUGUUGACCCAAGAAACGGACCACGGGUUCAUAGCGAGUCCGGGGUACCCAGGCCGAUACCCGAAUUCUGUGGCAGCCAGGGACUGUGGACAAGACCUAUCUGUCAACAGUGACAGUAUCGACAGCGUGAGGCUGGGUUUCCUACAACUCCGAACAAUCUAUGGAGACUACGUUCAACUGGAAGUCCGAGACACGGCACCGGAUUUGGAAUACGUUGAACAGUUGUCGGGAAUCUCAGACUUGUUCCUGCCAUUAUUAUUGGCGGGAAACAAUGCCACGGUUUUCCUGCAAAGCGACUCUGCGGAAACUGAUAUUGGUUACUUGGUUGCAUAUGCUGCUGAACUGCCUCGUAACACCAAAGAUGAGCAAAUCGAGGUAGAAGACAAAAGCGGUCCCGGCAUUUACGAACCGAAUUCCGUGGAAGUGAUCAACAUCAACACCGAAACCGGAGAAAUCACGACCAACGGGGACGUGACGCAAUUGCACACAAAGGUGCAACCGGGUGCUUCAAAACAAUACGGGUUCGUUUCGUCACCGAACCACCCGGACCCUUAUCCCAACAGUCAAACCGUUGACUACAACUUGUCGGGUCCCUCGGGAUCGAGAUUUGCCCUGAGGGCCCUGCGAACCAGGUUGGAGACGGGCUACGACAGCGUCUACUUCUUGGAAGACGGAAUCCCGUUUGCGGGUGGCUAUACUCUGAUGACGAGCAUC